UCCACCUCUAGUUUAACAACACUUCGAAACUGCUAAAAAGAAAUGUUUUAAUUGUUGUAUUUAUUGUAGAACUGCAAUGGUUUUUAAUAAGAUUCCGUGCGUACGCACUGCAAUAUCGUUCUUCUUUAUCGUACAUAGUGCAUAUGUAUAGACUUUAGCAUGGGCAUGGUUGAGACGGCGGCGGCGGAUCUCCUGGAAGCCAACACCUACACGUAUUUGAUUGUGUCUGCAAAUCUGACGCUGUGCUUCAUCGUCAUGUUGGGUGCCUGUCUCUGUUGCAAGAAGAGAAUACCAAAAAAUGAUAUGCUAGGGCUGGAAGGUAUGGUCAAAUUGAAGAAUCCGGACGAAGUAAUUGUUGUUACCAAUCUGGUAGGCAGUGAAUCUCAGGCCGAGCUGAAUGCUUCCACAGUCUCAAAUGCUGAUUCGGAAAAACGAUCGAGCACCGCAGCUCAUCGUAGUCUUCCUGACAUUCCCGUGGCCGAAAGCAAUGACAAUGGCUCCGAGUUGUAUGAAACUGUGGCCGAUAAGCAGCUGGUCGAUGCGCGCAAUGCCCAUAGCCAAAGUCCCCAGCCCAGUAUGAAAAAGCAGACUAGCGUAUCGCAGCACAGCUCCAUCAGCCAGGCAGACGAUGUGAGUUCACCAUAUUCAAGGGUCAAAGGACUGCCACAUGACUAUGCCAAAGUUCGUGCCACCGAGCAUCCAUAUGCCCAAUUAAAUGCACCGUCCACAUCCAAUGCCGCUCAGGGAGCAGCAGCAGCAGCUGCUGCCGCCGCCACAGCGGCUAGUUCAUCUGGCGCUGAUCGUCUUGACCAGCACAUUGAAGGUACCAGGGAACAUCAGAAUGAUGUAGCCCAACCUCAGUCUGAAAUUCCAGCAGCAUCUGCAAUCGCUGGCAUGAUAUCGGCCAGCCAGGACCUACCAUAUAUGACACCACCAAUUGCUAAUCAGCAUUUUAGUGGUGACUCGCAGGAUUCGUCAAAGGGCUAUACCAGCAUCAGUGUGCGGGAGCCUUUGGCCAAUAUAUUGGCGCAACAGCCACCCGGUAAACCGCCAACCAGAAAUCCGACAUUAUCACGUGAUGUAAACGAUUCACAUUACGCCACCGUCUCCGACGAUUCGGAUGAAACAUAUGCAGCUAUUGAGGAUCCCAAUAAUCGUCAUUUACCAAAUGCCACCGAUAUUUAUACAAGCGGAUCAGAAACCUACGCACAAAUUCAACCCAUGCAGGCGAAUCCUAUUGUGGUCGCCGUCGAGAUAAACAACAGCAGCAGUCUGCCGUCCACGAGUCCUGUUGCAGCUAGUAGUGGACCCAUUGGGUCAACUCACAGGCCAAGCAGUAGCAGUACGGAUCACCCUUUACCCGUUCCUCCACCGGUGGAUAGUCUUCGAGCCCAAAUGCAUUCUCGGCAGGCAUCCUCCUCGUCUAAUAAUAGCUCCUCCGUUUGUAAUUUGGGCUCACCGAAACCGGAAAAGCGCCAGGCAAAUUCACCACUACCACCGACGCCCAAAUCCAGUAUUGUCCAACCACACCAUCUGCAUGCCACUACCAGUAGCAGCAGUAAUCUCACGUCCGGUCGAAACUCUGUUAUAUCCGUGAUUGAAGCGGGAGGUGAUGGUAUCGAGUUAGAGUCAGCUGAAUCAUCGCCACAACGCAAGCACAGUAAGAGCUUGAGUCCAUCAAAAGAAAGCGAUGGCAACAGAAAUAUCGAAGGCAUGUAUGCCAAGGUCAUGAAGAAGCACAAAUUCUCGCGCAAUUCGCCCUCUUCUCCAAAUAACUCGCCAAUUUUGAUUCGCAAACAGCAGCAGCAGCAACCACAUCAAGAUAUAUUGGGUGUCAGUCCAUUGGAUGGAACUGCAGACACACAAAAGAGUCGCGUGCGCAGCAAUAGUUACUCCGCAAAAGAUCAUGGCUAUGAAACCAUUCCAGCAGAUGGUCAUAAUCAUGUGAUUCACGAAAAUCGCAAAUCGGAUUGUUAUGCGGCCAAUAUGUUGCAAAAAGAACGUCAGCAGGAAGCAGCAGCAGCCACAACAAUAAUCACAGCAACUACAACAGCAACAUCAACAGCUGUCACUGCGAUUAACAAGCACUACGAGACUAUUAGCCAGCCACCGCCGCCGCCGCCACCUCUUCCAGUUAGCAGCAGUAAUGAUCCAGGUUAUGAGCAACUGCAGCCCCAUUCCGUUGUCAACGAAAAUGAUACAAAAAAGUUCGAUUAUGAUCCUAAUUACGAAGAGCUUAAGAGUCGUGCCCACUCGGAUGAUGGUUAUGCCAAGGUGUUGGAAAAAAAGCGUCCUCCGGGAGAUACCAGUGGUUAUAGUACCAUACCAGAGGCGGAUGCUAAUCACAAUUAUGCCAGCAUUCUAGAAACGAAAGCCAAUGCAGCAAUGGACAUAGAUCACUAUGCAAGGAUAUCGGAAAAGGCGAUCUCUAACUCUAGCACUAGUGGAAGUCAUUUGGCUUUAACUUCGCCCACCUCGCUGACAUCGUCGUCGCUUACCACUAGCAAUACGACACCCAUUUCAUCGCAAUAUGAAUCGCUAACGGGUACAGGCAGUGAAACGGAUCCCAACUAUGAAUCCGUUUGCUAUCUUAAUACAACAAGAACAACCACCACAACAACUGUCACAAGUACAAGUAGUAAUGACACUUUAGAGCAUCCAUAUGAGCGCCUGCAAACAGAUCUAGAAUCGGAAACUCAGGCAAGCAGUCCAUUAAGUGCAGCCACCACUUCGACACCAAGUGAACAGCUAUUGGUAGAUGACUACUUUCAGGUGUAAUGAGCUGGAUCUCUUUUUUUUCUCUCUCUAUAUAUCUGUUUUCCCCUUAUUUCCCUCAAGUCCCAAACUUUACACCUUUGCCCAACGCGCUCUCAUCAGUUUUUGCUUAGCAAUAUUUCAUGCACAUAUCAUUAUUCAUUGGAUGCACACACACACACAUACACACACACAGAGCUCGCUCAGCGGCAGUUUUAGAUAAUUAUGAGUUCAUAGACCUAUAUCUUCAUAAAUAUAUAAGCUUACAGAUUUAAGUAAACAAGUAUCCACACUAUGGAUUUUGCUUCCAUAUCGGUUAGCUUUUAGCAUUAAGUUCAACAUUGUGUACAAACUAUUUGUAUGUUCAAUUUGAUAAUUACAUUCAGGCGAGAAUUGUAAAUCUUAGCUCUAUAUCUAUAUACAUAGUUGUAUGUAUACCAUAUGAUUGCGUGGGGGUGUUUAAAAUAGUUUUCUAACUUGACAACAACUUCUCGUGCUUUCGUUAAGAUUAACAACAUUCAAUUAAGACAUUAAAAUGAAAAAAAAAAACUAAUCUGUACAUCCAUAAGAGAAAAUGAAUAGCCAAAGCAACUUAAACUUCCAGUAAUUACAAAAAUACAUAUAUAUAAACAUUAACUUCCAAUUGUUAUUAAGCACCCCUCGUAGAAUCAUAUGAUCUAAAUACCAGUGCAUUCGUUGCGUCCUAAUUUAGGUAAAUUGAAUUCAAACUGAACAAAGCGCUCCACUUGAGACGCAAAACAUUUGUUUAAAUUGAUAAGCCAGAAACGUUCCGAUGUGUCGGGUUAUUUUAGGCAUUGAUAUUUAAAAAACAAAAAAAAAAUAAAAAACAAAAAAGGAGCGGAUAAUAGAGUAUAUAGAGAUUACGUAUAGGUAUAUAUUUUUGUAUGUUUUGGCGUUUUUGCUGCUUUUUACUUUAUUGAUGAUACAUACCUAAGUUAUGAUAUCCGAGAAGAUAAUCCAAGUAUAAUCCGUGUAAUUGCUAAAUGUUAAAACACUUUUCAAGUAUUCCCAAGCAUCGAGAAACUAAACUUAAUGGUUGAAUAAAUUAUUGAUGACUCAAAAAGCCGUUGCAUUUGAA